AUGGAGGCUUAUAUGGAAUGCAUUUGCAGCUGCAGCUGCAGUUUUAGGGACUUUCAGCCCAGCGAUGUUAAGAGGUUUGGACAACGGGUCAGAAAUCACUUUCAAAGAUUCUACUGCUGGCGCUGGGUACAGCUAGAACUGGUUGGCAACUCUGUUGACUAUAUGCAGUUCUGGGUUGCAGUUUCAGAGUGGAGAGGGGCACAUGUGGUUGGUCAUAAUGGAGUAGGAAUCCUGCAAGUGCCACUGUCCAGCCAGGCCUUCAUCUUACAUAACUAUAACUGUUGUGCCCAGUGCCAGUUCCAGACCAAGUCCCCCCCUGAGUUCAAAAACUGGAUUGACCAACAGCAAUUUGAAGAAACGGUGUGUAAUCUAAAUAACUUUUGUGCAGAAGCAGAAAAGAUUGGAGGCCAAUUUUAUUUUGAAGGCUGUUUACCUUGUUUGACUAUAUAUAUAUAUAUAUAUAUAUAUAUAUAUAUAUAUAUAGUCUUUUUGUGCUUAGAAACAUAUUAUGAGAAGAUUCUUGAAAAAAAAAUCAUCAAAUAUAUUAAGGAACAGAAUGAGAAAUUAUAUGCCCUCCAGGACUUCCUUCUGACAGAUUCAGUUGAGAGAGGACUUCACAUUACUGAAAUGACCAUAUGUGAAGACAGGGCCAUGAGCAGUGGAAGAGAAGCUAAAUUAUGGAAUCUAAGAGUACCUAUCGGAAUGGAACUUAUUCUAGCCAUUGCUGAACUGCAGAGUGUCCCCUACCUUCUUUCCAAAUAUCAUUUUUUGGUGUCUGCUGUAGUAGCCACAAUGCCAUUCUACUUCAAGGAUGAACUUCAAAUUCUGCUCCUCGAAUGA